AGAAUACGCCCCAGAGCACGCACAAGAGUUGUAUGAAAUGACGUGGAAUUUGUAACUUGCUUACAAGCGCGAUAUCAAAGUGCGCAUGAUUUCGAGAGUAUUCAAUAAAACGAGCUACUGUAGUCUUUAUUGAAGUUUAAAGUUUAAAUGUGCUUAUAGUCAUAGUUUGCUACCAAACAUGAUUGUUUCUAGUGUCAGUUACCUAACAGUAGCUUCUGCUAACUACGACAACUAAAUUGACAAGAGUUCACGGAAGCAGAGCUAGCUAGCCCAAGUGACAGAGCUCCUACUAGCUAGGAUCUUCUGGUUCUCUAUCGAUAGCUAGGUUAUAUGGCUACAGCAAGAUGACUUCAACAACCACUUCGACGGGAACGUCUUGACUGGACUCGAGACGUGUCACUGAUUAGCCAAUGAUUGACACGGUGUUGAAGCGAAUGCUCAUCAGUAGUUUGUUAGCUAGCAUGCUAGGUAGCUACUUCCAACGACGCCGGAGCCCGCAUUUAUAAGCCUACCCAGUUAAGUGGUUUGCGCUCGAGACUAACGUUAGUUAGCUGUAGUUGAAGCUAACUAGCUGGUUGUAUUGUAAGGACAAGAGCAAGCUGUCAAGAUGGGUUCGUUGUUCCGAAGUGAAGAGAUGUGUUUGGCCCAGAUGUUUCUGCAGUCUGGAUCGGCAUACGACUGCAUUAGCGAACUGGGAGAAAUGGGUCUGGUGGAAUUCAGAGACCUCAACCCCAGCGUAAACCUAUUCCAGCGGAAGUUUGUCACUGAGAUAAAACGAUGUGAGGAAAUGGAGAGAAUUCUAGGGUACCUUCUAAGGGAAAUCAAGAGAGCAGACAUCCCACUUCCAGAGGGAGAAGUGAACCCGAUUGCACCCCAGCCCAAGCAUGUCCUGGUUAUAAUGGAGCAGUUGCAGAGGCUGGAGGUGGAGCUGAGCGAGGUGACCAGGAAUAAAGAGAAGCUACAGAAGAACCUCCUGGAGCUGACCGAGUACACACACAUGCUGCGUAUCACACGCAACUUUGUGCGCCGCAGCACAGAACGUGAGCCCCUGCACGCCCAGCAUGAGGAGUUCUCCUUCCUAGAGGACUCCAUGAUGGAGUACACUAGCAUGCAGCGGCUAGGAGCCAAACUAGGGUUUAUAUCAGGGCUGAUUCAGAGGGUGAAGAUAGAGGCCUUUGAGCGCAUGCUGUGGAGAGUGUGUAAGGGCUACACCAUUCUUAGCUACUCUGAGAUUGACGAGUAUUUGGAGGACCCUGACACGGGUGAGCCAACCAAGAGUGUGGUGUUCCUCAUCUCUUAUUGGGGUGAGCAGAUCGGACAGAAAGUCAAGAAGAUCUGUGACUGCUACCACUGUCAUGUGUAUCCAUACCCUAACAGCAAUGAGGAGAGGAAUGACGUUGUGGAGGGACUCAGGACUCGCAUCCAGGACCUGCACACUGUUCUCCAUAGGACAGAAGACUACCUGAGACAGGUGUUGAACAAGGCCUCUGAGUCGGUCUACACCUGGGUCAUCCAGGUCAAGAAGAUGAAGUCCAUCUACUACAUGCUCAAUCUGUGCAGCUUUGACGUCACUAACAAGUGUCUGAUAGCUGAGGUGUGGUGCCCUGUCAACGACCUGCCGACCCUGCGGCGGGCGCUAGAGGAAGGAUCGAGGAAAAGUGGAGCCACAGUGCCUUCUUUUGUCAACCGUAUCCCCAGCAACGACACUCCGCCCACCCUGAUAAGGACCAACAAGUUCACCUCAGGCUUCCAGAGCAUAGUGGAGGCCUAUGGAGUGGGAAACUAUAGAGAGGUUAACCCAGCUCCUUACACAGUCAUCACCUUCCCCUUCCUGUUUGCUGUGAUGUUUGGAGACCUGGGCCAUGGUAUGAUCAUGGCUCUGUUUGCUCUCUGGAUGGUGCUGUAUGAAGACAACCGCAAACUGAAGCGCACAAGAAACGAGAUCUGGAACACGUUCUUCGAGGGCCGUUACAUCAUCCUGAUGAUGGGCUUGUUCUCGGUCUAUACCGGCCUCAUCUACAACGACUGCUUUUCCAAGUCUCUCAACAUCUUUGGCUCUGGCUGGAAUGUCAACGCCAUGUUUAAAUCUGGAAAUUGGACUUGGGAUUCCACGCUCCGCACCAAUGCCUUUCUGACCCUUGAUCCCAUUGUCCCUGGGGUUUUCAAUGGACCCUACCCUUUGGGCAUUGACCCGAUUUGGAACUUGGCAUCAAAUCGUCUGACCUUUCUGAACUCCUACAAGAUGAAGAUGUCUGUGAUUGUGGGUAUCAUUCACAUGAGCUUCGGGGUCAUCCUAGGUGUCUUCAACCACCUACACUUCAGAAAGAAGUUCAACCUGUACUUAGUAUUCCUCCCGGAGCUGCUGUUCCUGCUGUGUCUGUUUGGCUACCUGGUCUUCAUGAUCAUCUACAAGUGGCUGGCCUUCUCUGCCCGUGACUCCCAGAUGGCCCCCAGCAUCCUCAUACACUUCAUCAACAUGUUCCUCAUGCAGGGGGACGGGGUGCCGCCCCUCUUCCCAGGACAGGUUGGGCUGCAGGUGUUCCUGGUGGUAAUUGCUCUACUAUCAGUGCCUGUCUUACUGCUGGGGAAACCAGUUUACCUCUACUUGCUGCACAACGGAGGAGCCAACCUCAUGGGAAUGUACAGGGGUUAUGAGCGUGUGCGGCGGCACAGCGAGGAAGAGCUUUCCCUGAUGAGGGCUCAUGACAUGGAGGAGGGCAGUGUCCACAAUGACCUUUCCACUAGCAGAGAGCAGCAGAAAGAGGAGUUUGACUUUGGGGAUGUGUUCCUGCACCAGUCUAUUCACACCAUAGAGUACUGCCUGGGCUGCAUCUCCAACACAGCCUCCUACCUGCGCCUCUGGGCUCUGAGUCUGGCACAUGCCCAGCUGUCGGAGGUGCUGUGGUCCAUGGUGAUGCGGGUGGGCCUGCGGAUGGACACCAGUCUGGGCAUCAUGUUUCUGGUGCCAGUGUUUGGGAUAUUCGCUGUGCUCACUGUGUCUAUCCUCCUGGUUAUGGAGGGACUGUCUGCCUUCCUCCAUGCUCUCAGGCUGCACUGGGUGGAGUUCCAAAAUAAGUUCUACAGUGGGACUGGAAUCAAGUUUGUUCCCUUUGCCUUCUCCCUCCUGCCCUCUAGCUUUGAACAUGAUGGCUUGCUGUGAAUGGGACACAAUGUUCCCGCCCUCCGAGGCAAACUGCCACAAUGUACCAGCAGGAUCCAGUGCUAUUGAGCUAGCCUGGGUACCAGUCUCUUUGUGCCAUCAUGCCACUCCUUUUCAUGCCAAACAUGAUCAUCUACAAGUGGCUGGCCUUCUCUGCCCGUGACAUGUGAUGGCACAAAACGAUUGGUACCCUAACUACUAUUGAGCCUCAUCGAUGUACAGUUCAAUUUCAUAGUGUUUUUUUAAUACUAUUUGAUGUACUGACUGACUGCCUUACAUAUGUACAAACAAAUGUCAACAUAUCAUGCUCUAUUUUCAAUUGAAUGAUAUUCUGGGUUACCAAAACUUUGCAAAGAAAAGCCUCAUUCAGUCUUGGUUGAAAAUGAAAAGUAUUUUUAGAUGAAUGUAGGAGCGGGAUGUACAUUUUUCUUUUAUAAAAAAUAAAGUUGGAAUGAGAGUUUA